AGUGAGAUCAAAGCAGGGCAGGGGUAGUCCACUUUAAAUGUGAGUCUGCCCCCACUCAGCCUCACUCUCUCUCUCACUCUCUGUCCCUCACACACUCACACACUCACUCCAACACUCUGCGCACACCAUGCGUACCUGUCCGGAGCUAUUCUACCACCCCAUGUUGGAUUUUACGCCUGCGUCUGGCUGAUACGCACACAGACAGCAGCUCUCUGAAAGGAUAUUCCGACCUGCUCACAUUUUUUCCCUUUUCUUCUUCUUGUUCUUCUUCUUGUCGUCUGGUUUUGUUGAACGGUGAAAGCUGAGCGCCGCGCCAAAGGGAUUAGAAGAGUAGACCGUGCCAUGACAGUUGACUUUUGAGUCUGAGCCAAGAAGCCCAACGAGCCCUUUAUAUAUUUAUAUAUUUGUGUGUCGUGUGAAGCGGAGCCACUGUCCAACCAUGAGGAGCAGCUCUCCUGUCCUGCCUCUCGGUGUGCUCACGGCUCUGCUGCUGUCUCAGGUCUGCUCUGGCAUCAAAUGGCUGUCUCUAUCACACACGCCUGCAUCCUUACACAUCAACCAGACUCAACACUGUAAGCUGCUGCCCGGCUUGGUGUCCUCCCAGGCUCAGCUUUGCCGCAGCAACCUGGAGCUCAUGCAAACCAUCAUCACAGCUGCCCGCGAAGUCAAGAAAACAUGUCAGAAGACGUUCGCUGACAUGCGCUGGAACUGCUCCUCCAUCGACAUCCCCAUCGAUGCUCCCAAGUACCGGCCAGACCUCGACCGAGGAACAAGAGAGGCUGCAUUUGUCUACGCCCUGUCCGCAGCGACCAUCAGCCACACCAUAGCACGGGCGUGCACUUCUGGAGAUCUGCGGCUGUGCUCGUGUGGUCCUAUUCCUGCAGAGAUCCCAGAGCCCGGCUAUCGCUGGGGCGGCUGCGCUGACAACCUGCACUACGGAUUGAUCAUGGGCUCCAAGUUCUCUGAUGCACCCAUGAAGAUGAAGCGUGCGGGCUCCCAUUCAAACAAACUGAUGCACCUACACAACAGUGAAGUUGGAAGACAAGUAUUGAGAGAGGCGCUGGUGAUGAAGUGUAAAUGUCACGGUGUGUCUGGCUCCUGCUCCAUAAGGACCUGCUGGAGGGGCCUGCAGGACCUGAGGGAGAUCGCCAUGGACCUGAAGACCAAGUACUUGUCUGCCACUAAAGUGGUGCCCCGGCCCAGCGGGACUCGUAAGCAGCUGGUUCCCAAAGACAUUGACAUCCGGCCGGUGAGGGAGAACGAGCUGGUCUACCUGCAGAGCUCCCCGGACUUCUGCACGAAGAUUGACAAGUCGGGCUCCGUUGGCACUCAGGACAGGCAGUGCAACAAAACCUCGAGCGGCAGCGACAGCUGUGACCUGAUGUGCUGCGGCCGUGGCUACAACCCGUACACGGAGAAGGUGGUGGAGCGCUGCCACUGCAAGUACCACUGGUGCUGCUACGUCACCUGCAAGAAGUGCGAGCGGAUCGUGGAGAAAUACGUCUGCAAAUGAAAUCUGAGCCACCGGCAGCAGCAGCAGCAGUCCUCUUCUUCUUCUUGUACCCAGCAGCCACCUGAGGCUCCAGAUUAACCAAAGCACUACAAUACCAAGAAGGCUUACUUUUGUCUUAAGCUCUAGCAUGUGUAUCUCAAAGAGAAGUGGUCUAUCCUUGUGUCAGUAUCAUUCUUGUAUCCAAUCUACAACCCAACUGCCAAUUGGGCUUCUGAGCUUUUUCCGCUUCACAAACCUGGACGUGGAGUGUGUGGCGACACUGCCAAGUUUACGUGAAGACCGCCGUCCUCCUGGGUGUUUCCUUUUUUUUUUUUUUUGUUAAUGAUUAUAUAUCCCUCUAACAGGGAUGUUGAAAGUCUAUUUUUAUUAUAUCUCUCAUAAAAAAGAAAUAAUAUUGGAUUUUAUGCUGGAGAGGAGAGGGAUUGUCUCUUUUCCCCUCACUAGACUGAGACUGAUGUUUGGCUCGGGCUUCUGAUGGAUUCAUGGUACUCCUUUAGGUACUAUUCAGACUUUUUUUCCUCUGCAGCAGCGGACAACAGGGGGGAAAAAGGAACACAAAGGGAACUUCAAGUACUUUUCAAUCAUGGAACAUUUUUGUGGUUGACGUUUUUUUUGGACUCUCACCAUGUGUCCUGUGUGGAUCUCGACACGCCUGCAUCCCUGUGGAUUGAGAGAAGAGCAUUAAGGACUUUGUGAAACGGUGCAUUAUCUCCUUUUUAUGUCUGACAUGCGGUUCGAAAUAUAUUCUAUUUUUCAGAGCAUAUGAGCUGAACUCAUGGAUUUUGUAAACCACUUUUGUGUGGAUGUACAUACUGUUAUUUUGUAUACUGAAAUAAAGAAAGAAGUAUUUAUA